AUGCAUGGCAUAAUUAUAUUUCGCUCGUCACAUCACAGCAAGGCUGCCGGAUCGCAAAACAUACAAUACCUUCUUCCGUGGCACUGGCACUCUCGACCCGGCUUGUGUAUAUAAAGUUCGCUCCCCGAGGCAGAGCCAGUGCCUCCACGACCGACGGCGGCGAAGUACCAAGCCGCUGCAGCCAGCAACCCGCGACUCAGCAGAGACAGAACGUCACUCUGUGCUGACAAACGAAAUGAGAUCAUCAGCGAUAAUGACAGUGCUUGUCCUAGUCCUCACCACGCAAUGCCUUGCUAAUAAAAGAUUGGAACUAAUAUUCUAUGUCUCUCAGGAACUUUUGGGGCAGUGGCUAACCACAGGUGCGAACUUUCUGACACAUCCAUGCAACUUUGUGAUAAAACCGAAGUUCACCAACUGGAGGUUGUACUAUGAAGGCAUAUUCAGUUGUUCUGAAUGGCCUGGCAUUGAAGGCACUGCCGUGACACGUUGCAAACUGAGCACGGCAGAGAGAGCCGUGCAGAGUUUCCUCCAACAAGGAAUUGAUAAACGUCUCUUCAGAAGUGUGGACGCGAGAAACUGGCUCGCAGAACGCUUUUCUCUGUACCAACGUAAUGUAACCGAAACACGUUCAUUUUCUGUGGUAUGACAAUAACCGACUUUGAAACAAGCUGUAUUUAAAUACGCAAGUAAUAAAUCAUAUUUAUA